AUGCCUCAAGUCACUUCUGAACGUGACAAAACUCAUCUCACUGCUUUUGCAUCGUCUUUUCGAAUAUUGGAAGCUCGUAACCACAACCUAUUCGGAGGAGACGAUGUCGUCCGACUAUUUGGCCUCCUCUCCGUCUUUGCCCUCAUCUCCGACAAUCGCGCCUUCGUCGCCGACUACGGUCGUUCCAUCUUCUCCGGAGCCAUGGUGAAGCUUGAGACUGCCGUGGAAGCUGCUAGCUGGCGGCGCGCGUCUGCCGCAGCGUCCCGAGUGCCGUCUUCCUUCUACACGGACAUACUCGGGGCCCCUCGCACGUUUCUCUACUUCAACAACCCGCCCGCAACCGCCCCUUCUACCCUUGCAUCCGCCUCAAACCUCCGCUCCUCCGCCGACUCGGACCUUCUCUUCAAGUCGUCCCCGCCUUCCACCCCGUCCCCGCUGCCUUCCGAUCAGCAAUCUCCUAAGAGAUACACCUACACCCAUCUGCCCCCAUUCAUCGCGCACCAACUUGCCGUAAUCUGGGCCGCCGACCGGCGCCUUCCGACGCCCGAAUCUCGGAAGCGCUGGGCACUUGCUCGCGACGUCGACCCGGUACGCGUUCACAACUGGUGGUACAGGAGGAAGAAGGUGGCGAAGGGCUUGGGCGUCGUGAUUCCUGAAGGCAAUUACGAGCUUGGAAUGGGAGAUCCGGCGAAGGAGAAGGAGCGGUGGGAGAAGGAGAGGGAAGAGGCAUUAUUGAGGAUAGAGAGAUUGAGGCAAGAGAGGGAGGAACAGGCGAAAAGGGAGCGGGAAGAGAAGGAGGCGAGGGACAGGCAGGAGAGGGCAGCGAGGGAAGAAGAGGAAAGAAAGGAACGGGAGGAGGCGGAGGCCACAGAGGCGCAAGCGCGGCUGAGGGCUCAAGGAAAAGAGAAUCUGAAGGGUGGGAAGAAGAAGACGAGGGCACCGACGGAGGAUGCGGCUGAUAGCCCCGCGCGGAAGAGGGUGAAGACCGUGCAGCGCAAGGACUCGACAAUGAUCAUGCGCAGAGACUCGGCGGCCAGCGCGCGCAAGGCGUCCCUGCGCCCACCCAAGAUCGCCACCUCACUUCGUUCGACGCAUUCCAGGACCGCGGCCGCUGCUUCAGCAACGGCCACGACCGCUCCUCCAACGAAGUCCAAGGUCGCCCCUCCCCAGCCGCGUCCUCACAUGCGUCUCACGCGGCGGAAUCGGCCUGAGGAAUGGCAGGAAUGGGUGGAUGGUGAUGGACGCUCCAAGGAUGAGGCAGAGGAUGAAGAUGCGCUGAUCGCAGAGCCGCCUGCGCCGAUAGAAUGCGAGCAGGAGAACUGCGACGAUUUGGCCGCGUCGGGCAUCGUUCUCAAUCCGGAACUUCCUGCGCUUGACGACGACCUGGUGCCCCCAACAUGUACUGGGUUUACGACGAACGACAUGUCUCGACCUGUGUCGCGGGACCGCCCGCACUUUGUUUGCGCUGUCUGCGCCGAACCUGCUCCUCCGAAUCUCCUUGACUUCGACCCCCUGCUUGACUAUGCUGGCUUCUCCUCGCUCGGCGACAUUGACUGCGACACCCUACUCAGCAAUACUGACUCCGGCAUGCUGCUCGCCGAUACAGACCCUGAUGCGUUUCUUGGAGAGGCAGUCUUGGAUGCAUCCCUCAUCCUCCUCAACGAGAUGCUCGAUGAUCCUACGCACUGCGACGAAAUUACUCCUCCGGGAGACAUCGUUACCAUCGCUGAUAGGUCACUCGCUCACGCCAACGCCUAUGGCACUGAUACUGCGCAUAAUUCUUGGUCUGCCUUUGACACCCGGUCUGCUUGUAUCUCUCUCCGUCAAUCCUGGAUCUCCGGCCCUACGAUAUCCUACGACCUGACGGACGCCGACUUUUCUGCGCCUGCCUUCGCCAUGAAUGCUCUCCCUCUCACGCGCCUCGACGAAGCCUAUCCGCCCAACCACGCCUACAUCCACUUUGACGGUGUCGCCUAUACCCGCGACGGUUUUCGCGUUGCUCCUCUUCUCGCAGUCGUCGACCACUACGCCUCCUGCUCUCCGAUUCCGAUGGACGUGUCUUCGCCCGCCAGCAUAUUCUCCUUCGUGUCAUCCGACCCAUGCAGGCUUGAUCCCGCGACUGUCUACCCGUCAAGCCCUGCAUCUUCGCGCUCAUCUAGUCCGUCCAGCUCGUGCCGGUCAAGCCCGGCUGCUUCGCGCUCAUCAAGUCCGACUCCCUCGCGCCUCAUUAGACCCACCGCUAUUGCCUCGCCCGUAGCUCGCUCUGCCAUCCCAUCGUCGAAGUCUGCUCGCGCCAGGAUUCUGACAGAAUUCACGAACACCGCCAGCUCUAUGGCCAACGCUCCUGCCGACUCUUCACCUCAGUCGACUGCUCCACUCGACUUUGGCACCGUCAAGCUGCAUCCGAACCUGAAGAAGUCCUCGUCCUCGAUCGUCUCACGCCCGUUGCCUCCCGCGCACCCUUCGCUAUUUUCUGGGUCACUGCCCAAAUGUCGCUCGCUGCCUAUUCGGGCUCCUCUGCGUACCAUCGAGAUUAUCGACGCAGUGAUUGAGUCUCCGCGUGCUAUGGUCGAGCCGCUACGCGACAUACAGGCGCCCCGACCCACCCGUCCAUACCGAGGUGUGCGUCGUCUGGAGGCUCAAGCGAUGGACUAUCAAGGGGUGUCUACUGCGACACCUUCCACACUAUCGUCAACGGUGCUAUCGCUGUCCUCUUCACAAGCGCCAACGACAUCCUCCUCGCUAGCGCCUCGCAUGUCGUGGCUACUGGACGCCGCGGUACAGGCGCUGACUGCAUCGCGCUAG